AUGUCCCCUCUGUUGCUACACCGCUCCAAGAAUCGUCGCGUCACCGUUAUUCCGGACCCCAACAACUCAGGUGACGCUUGCCACACAGCAACAGACAACGACCCUCGCCAACGCAAAUACAAGCGCCUCAUGUUGGAUUUUUGGCAAGGGCUCCUUGCGACUCUAGAAAGACUCGCCAUGUUACCAGCAGUCAUGCACUCUGUGCUGCCAAAAUUGUCGCCACGAAAACGUACCCGGGAUGCAUUGCGGACCUAUGACCGGCCCAUGGAGGACAUGUUGCGCGAAAUCCAGACCCUAUUUGAAGCACCCUUGGACAACGAAAAUCUGUUGGACAUGUCUGCAGCACUGCAAAGGCAAUUUGCCCCCAAACUACAGUCGAGCGACAUUUGCAUGCUGCCUUCUUACAACCACAAACUUCCUUCUGGACUGGAGAAAGGCACCUACCUAGCUCUGGAUGUCGGCGGAUCAACAUUCCGCGUUGCGCUUGUCGAACUAAACGGUAAACGGCCCGGUGCCAAGAAUAUGCGCAUUGUCUUCAUGAAGAGCUACAAGAUAGACGAAAAGGUCCGCCAGCGAAGCGGACACGACUUUUUUGAAUGGAUGGCCGAUAAGAUUCAGCUGGCACUUGCAGAUCAGCAAUUGCAAGGCUCGGCCAGCACACAGACUUUCCCCAUGGGUCUAGCAUGGUCGUUUCCUGUUGAUGCAAACUUGUUGGACAUGGGCAAGGGCUUCCGAGCGACUGAAGGGCUUCUUGGUCAGGAUCUCAGCGAAUUAAUAAUGGCGCCGUGUAGAAAGAGGAACCUACCUGUGCACAUGGAUUCCAUUGUCAAUGACUCUUCUGCGACGUUGCUAUCGCGCGCUUACGAAGAUCCAUCAACACGUUUUGCUGUAAUUCUUGGAACUGGAUUUAACAUAUCUGUGCAUCUCCCUGUAUCGUCACUUGCGAGCACCAAGUACAAGGGCUACCCACAGCAAUGGAUGGACGAAGCCACGCACGUGCUCGUCAACACGGAAUGCAGCAUGUUCGGAAAAGGCGUGUUCCCGACGACUAGGUGGGAUGAACAACUGAAUGAUGCACAUGUACGACCAGACUUUCAGCCUUUUGAACACAUGAUUAGCGGUCGCUACAUGGGUGAGAUAGUAAGGUUGGUUGUUGUCGAAGCUGUACGCACAGCUGGUCUGUUCAGCGGCGAAAUGCCCGCCCACAUGACCGAACCCUACAGUCUGGAUACUGGAACCAUUGCAGUCAUGGAGAUGGACGACUCAAAGUACCUUGGCCAGGCUAUCGCCGUCUUCCAGUCUCUACAUCCGCUCAGCAAGCCACCUACCGUAAAGGACAUUCAGUUUGUUCGCCGAGUAGCGCAGCUCGUUUCGCACCGCGCUGCAGCUUUUCUCGCAACUGGUAUUCAUGCAUUGUGGGUGCUUCGAACGGAGUCCGAAGGUCUGACGCCCGCUUCCGCUGGCCGGAUGAGCAUUGGCUGCAACGGCUCAGUCAUUGAAAAGUACCCCCUGUUCAGGGAGCUCUGCCAAUCACAUCUUCAUGAUCUGACUACUGCGUCUGGUGCCGAACCAAAGUCAAUCUCACUAGAGAUUGCUGUUGAAUCAGCCAUCUUCGGAGCAGCAGUAUCUGCCUGUUGUCUCGAGGGACAAGCCUAG